GGCGGGACGACCGGCGCGGGGCAGCGUGCACCCUUCCGGCGGCUGGCAGGGGCGGCGGGGACUGGCGAUCCUUGGCCUGGACAUGUUAAUAGGCCGGCCUGGAGGUGCACCUUGUGGAGGGGAUCUUUACGGGCGUUAAUGUUGGCGCCUGGCUCAGGGUGAUCAAUAAGUUGGUUGGUUUGUUGCACAGUUCUUAUGCGCCGAUUGAGAAGAUGGAAUCACCGAGCAGAUCAAUGUUACCAUGGCAACGCGUGAUCAAUAGCCGGGCGGCAGCACCGGCGCAGGCCACGGGGCCCCGCGCGGCGAUGUGCGCCGUGCGGCGGGCGGCACAAGGGCCAAAGUCCCCGUGUAAGCGCGGCACUUGGCGGGCCGUGCUCCGCCUGGCAAAGUGGUGUUUGGCACUGCCGGGCUGACGGGCGCGCGACGCGGCGGGCGGCGCGGGGCGCGGCGCUGUGGCCGGCGUGCACAAGGGUGGUUUUAGCAGAGCAGGGUGGGGGGAUGCGCCCCCGGUGCGCGCGGCGGCGGCGGGAGUGAGUGUAACUAUUAGUAGUGUGGUUCUCGCCAGCAGCACACUCCCGUGCCCGCCUCCACCGCGAACACUAGCGCUCCGCAGCCAGAGCCGCGCACGCCUCCACCUGCAGCUCACCUUAAUAAAUAUCCCUCUAUGCCAGAACCCACUGAUAGCACGCCUGCCCCGGGGCCUCGCCGCACCCCCGCGGGGAGCCAUGAACCUCUGCACACUCAUAAGUCACUAGUAGUGAGGAGAUAGUGAGUCUGUCCCUGCCUGGUGGGACUUAGUCUCUGAGCUCUGAUUGUCGCGGCCCGCCGCUGCUCCGCCGCUGUCCGCCGCGGGCCAGGCCGAGCAGCAGCACCUGCUGCAGGGCAGGAGCGGCCGCCGCGGGCGAGGCUCGCUGGCAGCCGCGGGCCACCAUUCCUCGUGCAGCGGCCCCGGCCUGCGGCGCCUCUCAGACCCAGUGUGGCAGCGACUCACGUCCCCGCGGCGGUGUGUGUUUCAAGUCCCCGUGGCCGCGGCCCUCGCGCUGGCCCCCGCCGUGCCCCAGUGGCCCCAGGUGCUCUAGCUGCCCCGCUGCCCGCCACCAGCGUGGAUACAGCCUGCACGCCAGGGACCGUUGGGUGCCAAUCCGCCGCCCGUGCCGGACAGUGCCUGUGACUGUGACGGAGUGAGGCGGCGGCGGGUGGCGGCGAGAGCAAGCCAGCAGCAGCAACGGCCCCGGCGUGUGGCGUGUGGCGUGUGUGGUGCCGCCCGGCGCCCGUAUGGACCCGCCACGUGAUGGGCACCACACCCACGGACACACUGGACCCGGCCCCGCCCAGCCGCCCGUAGCCCUGCAGCCUCCUCCACCCUAGCCAUCACAAAGGUGUUUACUAUGUCUGAACAAGAGAACAGCAGAAGUCCACAGAGCGGCAUUGUUCUGGCCGGGGCGAGCGCCGAGGCACCCCAACAGGACCACGAGCCUCCGGGGGCCAGCUCCUGCACCAACGAGAACAGCAGUGCCGCCCCAGACUCUGGCAUGGGCAAUAAUGUCUUCUCAUCCCUGGAGAAACCUGGCGAUAAAUCCGAGGGCAGCAUGGGGGAGGGGGGAGACGGGGGGGAGAGUGGCAUUGAGGUCAAGGUGGACUGUGAGGAACAAGGAGAGUCAGGAGUGUGUGCAGAAACCCAAAGUGACCUCUUGUGCCCCCUGAAGGUCAUGCGUCCUGACAUGAAGGAGGAUAAAGUGCCUAGUGACAGUGUGAGCCCUAGUGCUGAGGUGAGUGACAUGGGUGCCUCGGAGGGGAAGGCAGGGAGAGACGAGAGUGAGAUGGAGGCGAGUGUUGUAUCGAGCAAUGCACAGGACGAUGAGAGGCUGAACGGUGACUCUCAAGGCUGUUGUGAUGCUUCCGACGGCUGUACGGAAACACUAGCCAGGGCGGAAGAAGAAAAACAAGGCUGUGAAGGGGAGGAAAAGAACGAAAUCCCAGAAAUCGAGGAAAACACCCUUGAACCCAGCAAUACAGAACCCAGUGAGGUAGUCAGGGAGGAGGAGGAGGAGGAGGAGGAGGAGGAGACUGGUGACAGAGACAGAGAGACGGAGACUACGGAGGACCUAGAUAGAGAGGAGGAGACUAUGAACGGCACUGUAGAGGAGAAUGGGGCAAGCGAACCAGUGCCAAGUGUGCUGGAAUGCGAGGCACCACCCAUACCAACGCAGAACGGCAAUGUGGAGAUCGAGGAAGGGAAUGCCAGGGAGGUGGAGUGCCCGCAAAUUGACCCGACGAGAGAUACCGAUUCCGAGGCUGGGGAUUCUGUCUGCAGCGAGGAUGGGGAGCACGGGGAAGUGUGCCGAGGAGGGGGAGGCUGCCCGCAUCAAGAAGCCGAGGCAGGAUGGGAGUACGUGGUGGAUGAGGAGUUUAACGUCCCCCGUCGGCCAGUCUUCAACGGAGCAGCCGAUCACCUUGAAAGAAGAAGCAGUCUAAAGCGACGAGCCAGCGAGGAGUCCGAGGACUCCAAGCCGGCCAAGUGCAGACGUGGGAUCCAGUUUGAGGGCGUGACGGUCUUCUACUUCCCCCGGUCGCAAGGCUUCACAUGCGUCCCAUCGCAGGGUGGCUCCUCGCUGGGCAUGUCGCGCCGCCACUCCCACAUCCGGCAGUUCUCCCUGGCCGAGCACGCCGUGGAGCAGCGACGAGCGCACCGCGAGCACCUCAUGCGCUUACGACAGCAGCGCUCUGCCAGGGAGCACGGUGAGAGCAGCAGCCGUGGCAGCAGCUCCGAGGACAGCGAGGAGAACAGUGAGGAGGCCAGCGACCUCUCCGACUCCGAGCUGGAUGCCGACUCUUACUACUUCCUGCAGCCCGGCUGUGCCUCCCCCCAGCCGCUGCCCAUCCGCCAGCGCCGGACCUUGCUGCGGCAGGCUGGCAUCUGCCACAUUGAGGGCGUGGAGAAGGAGGAGUGCAAGGACAUCAGGAUUUCCCGGGAGAUGUGCGGGUGCCAGUGCAAGGCUUACUGUGACCCCGACACCUGCCAGUGCUCCCAGGCGGGCAUCAAGUGCCAGGUGGACCGCCACAACUUCCCGUGCGGGUGUUCCCGCGAGGGCUGCGGCAACACCUACGGCCGGAUAGAGUUUAACCCCAUCCGUGUGCGCACCCACUUCAUCCACACCCUCAUGAGGCUGGAGAUAGAGAAGCGGCAGAACCAGCAGCAGCAGCAGCAACAGCAGCAGCAACAACAACAGCAACAGCAACAGCAACAGCAACAGCAGCAGCACCAGCAGCAACACCAGCAGCAGCAGCAGCAGGAGUGGCAGCAGCAGCAGCGGGCCAAGUGGUUGGCCUCGCCGUCGGUGCCCAGCAACGGGUACAACAGCGGCGGCGGCGGCGGCGGCGCCCUGGGCAGCGGCAAUCUUCCCUUCUUCGAGGGCGGCCGGGACGUGGGCUCGCUGGCCGUCGCCGACGUCUCCAAGUUCAACUCUUCUGUCGAGAUGUCCCCGUGUGUGGGCGCCAUGGGCACGCCACUCUACCCACACUUUGAGUCCCGCCAAAUGCUGGGUCCCGCCUCCCCAGCCUCAGUCUACAUCCAGCAUGACACAGUAGGGGACUACAACUCUGGCACAUGCUCUGUCUUUGCUGGCCUGGGCUCCCACUUUGACCCGUCAGCCCCAUAUGGGUCAUGCCACACCUUCCCCUCCUCUAGUGUGGUGGCCCCGCAAGUGGUGGCCCCCCAGGUGGUGGCCCCACAGGUGGUGGCCCCCCAGGUGGUGGCCCCCCAGGUGCAGCCUCAAGUACCCCCUCCCCAGGCCACCCCAGAGGUCUACAACUCUCUCUCCAAGUUCACCAACACCUCCAGCCUCGUGUCCUCCUCCUUCCCCUACUCUGGUGCUGUGGCUCCACCCGCUGUGCCCUCUGCCCCUGUGAGCUGCUCCUACACCCAGAACACCUUCUGUAUGGCCGGGGUGCACGACGGGGCGGCCCCGGCAGUGUUUGGCCAGUACCCCGACCCCGGCACCUCGGCCCAGAGUCUGUUCAAGGGGGGCGUGAGUGACUGUGCAGAUUUCCAACCUACUUUUGAGGCUGUCUCUUCCUCCUCCCCCGGCCCCGCAGACAAGUCCGGCAGGUUCCUGGGGCCCGCCAAGGCCUGCACCGACUACCCCAUGCAGGCCACCGCCGCCGCUGCCGUCGUGGACUGUCCUGCUGGGGUGGAGGACACCUACGAGAUGGACAUCCCCGCCUCCCCCCCGGCCCUGGCAGCUGAGGAAGUCGGCCGGCCAGAGCCCCACCUCCCCGCCCACAGCGCCGCCAGCCCGGCACACAGGGGGUUUGAUGCCAGCCUCUUGAGCUCUUCCAGCGCCGACUCUGGCAUUGCGGCAAGCAGUGAAGAGACCAGUGAGGCCGCCGAGAACCUAGGAGAGAUUGUCAAGAAGUCCAUGGUGGAGACUGUGUCGGCCUGAGGGGGCAGCCGAGACGCCCCACAGUGAGAACAUGCCCGUGUGUCGCCAGGCAAGUGUGGACCCUUGGACGGCCUGUGACAGUGACUAGCCUGGCACAGACCCUCCCAGCGCCUGUGAGGGAGAAACAGUGAUGGAGCGACUCUGUGAGGCCGAGAACAGUGCGGCCGCUCAGUGUACCGCUGUGCAGGGACGAGCAGGGCGAGGUGCACCACAAGGCCGCCGGGGAACAGUGGGUCUUGUACAAGUAUAUAUUUAUAGACCUCUUUUAUUACUUUUUUACGUUACAUAACACUGGCUUGUGUAGGUCCAGCGCACCAGCUUUAUCCUGCUAUUUAUUCAGGGGCCAAUAGCAACCCAGUUCUUGAAUACCGCUGUCACCUUCCGUUAAACUAAGGCGUGUCUGCCCGUGCCCGGUGUGGGGGAGUAACACCUCGGAAAUGUAUGCACGUUUCCGCUGAGUUUCUCUGAUUUUGGUGAUUUGUAAAAGUAAGGACACAGCAAAACCCAUUAUUCCCGCCGAACCAAAUUAUAAUAAGUUGCUCAAUCUGGAACACUACCACAGGGUCACAACCUCCAACACUCUGGCACCACUUGAGGCACCCGGCUUAGCGGCAUUACCUUGAGGAUGCCCGACACCCUGAGGCAGCGGCAGCAGGCGGCGAUAUAUGUGUGUGUGUGUGUGUGUGUGUGUGUGUGUGUGUGUGUGUGUGUGUGUGUGUGUGUAUCUCAGUAUGUGUGUGUGUGUGUCAGUGAGGAAAGCAGCUAAGUGUGUGUGUGUGUGUGUGUGUGUGUCGCCCUGCCUUCAGCUCUGCCCCGCCCCUUUGCCUUCCUUCCCCCAAGCAGAAAGGAUGUCCCCCCCCCCUCCCCCCCUCCCCCCUUUGUCUCCCCCAUUCCGUAGAAGAGACCGCUGCGCUUCAUCCUGUACAAACCCUGCUUCAGCCUGGCCCCUCAGCCGCCCCGCCCCACAGCCCCCGACCGCCGGCCAGGCAUCGGGGGCUGUGGAGGGGUGCCGCCUGUAGGGGCCCCGCGACAACCAACACAAAACUGUUUAUAAUAUGAUAUACCGUCAAGGCAUUCGGUGUAUUGUGUAUAUUAAGCUCUUCUCAGAAAGUGCAAUUUUUUAUGUGAAAUGAUUUCUAAAAUAUAUUGUUUAAUAUUUGUUUAA